UGAGUGUUUGACGUCACGCGAAUGAUGAUUAUUUAGCGAUUGUAUUUAGUUUUUGUGAAGUUUUAAGGACGAAUAUUUAUGAAUUUAGUGAAAUUACAAAAAUGGAGACUGAUUGGAUGAUAGAAGACACGACGACGCCUAAGCAGCAGGUGACAUCGCUCACGUCUCUCGACACGGGCGUGAAGCCGGCGCCCAGCGGUGCCGCGUACGUAGCGGAGAGGAACACAUGCUUGAACUACUUUACAAAAUGGAACGAAACCGAUCAGGUGGAGUUUGUGGAACAGCUGCUCGCGCGCAUGUGCCACUACCAGCAUGGCCACAUCAACGCGUACCUCAAGCCGAUGCUGCAGAGGGAUUUUAUCAGCAUGCUGCCAAAAAAAGGCCUAGACCACGUAGCGGAGAACAUCCUGUCGUACCUGGACGCGAGCUCGCUGUGCGCCGCCGAGCUGGUCUGCAGAGAGUGGCAGCGGGUCAUCUCCGAGGGUAUGCUGUGGAAGAAGCUGGUGGAGCGGAAGGUCAGGACGGACUCGCUGUGGCGGGGCCUGGCUGAGCGGCGCGGCUGGAUAAUGUACUUGUUCAAACCGAAGCCUGGCUGUCAGCACCCCUCACACUCGUUCUACAGACAGCUAUACCCCAAAAUCAUACAAGACAUACAGUCUAUAGAAGAUAACUGGAGAAUGGGCAGGCAUAACUUACAGAGGAUAAACUGCAGAUCGGAAAAUUCGAAAGGCGUAUACUGUUUGCAAUAUGACGACAAUAAAAUCGUGUCCGGUUUAAGAGAUAACACCAUCAAGAUCUGGGACAGAAAGACGUUGCAGUGUGUUAAAGAGCUCCAAGGCCACACCGGUUCCGUCCUCUGCCUACAAUACGAUGAAAGAGCCAUCAUAUCUGGCUCUUCAGACAGCACGGUUCGAGUUUGGGACGUUACAACGGGCGCUAUGCUCAACACACUGAUACAUCACUGCGAGGCUGUGCUGCACCUGAGGUUCUGCAACGGCAUGAUGGUCACGUGCAGCAAGGACAGAUCGAUAGCCGUAUGGGACAUGACGUCCACAACGGAGAUAAUGCUCAGACGAGUGCUCGUCGGGCACAGGGCAGCUGUGAACGUUGUGGACUUUGACGAGAAGUAUAUUGUCAGCGCUAGCGGGGAUAGGACUAUUAAGGUGUGGAACACGUCGUCAUGCGAAUUUGUGCGCACACUGAACGGUCACAAGCGUGGUAUAGCCUGUUUACAAUACAGAGAUCGUCUGGUUGUAUCGGGUUCUUCGGACAACACUAUACGAUUGUGGGACAUUGAGUGCGGGCAGUGUAUACGCGUGCUAGAGGGGCACGAGGAGCUCGUGCGGUGUAUACGGUUCGACAACAAGCGGAUAGUUAGCGGCGCGUACGACGGCAAAAUAAAAGUGUGGGAUUUGCGAGCAGCGCUCGAUGUACGCACGCCGCAUCAGGAUCUGUGUCUGCGCACUUUGGUGGAGCACACGGGCCGCGUGUUCCGAUUGCAGUUCGACGAGUUCCAAAUUGUCUCCUCGUCGCACGACGACACGAUACUAGUGUGGGACUUCCUGAACUACGCGGGGGCUUCGCCCGCGCCCGCGGCGCAGCCCCAGCCGCGGUGGGCGUCGCCGGAGCACGACCGGGCGUUUUAUGACUAGAUAAUAGAAAGGCGAUUUUGGACAUUAGUGUAUAAUACGAAUGUGGUCUGGCCGCGACGAUGGUGACGAGUGUUACCAGUGCGAAGAAUUGUGAUUAUAUCUGGCAAUACAGCGAUACAGUGUUGCUAGCGUGUGCAGUGAUAGUGUUGUGAUUGUUAUCAGCCCAUAUAUGUUCCCACUGCUGGGACACGGGCCUCUUAUGGUACAGGCUAAUAAGGCUGGCCAACUGCUGGGACUCGGGCCUACUAUGGUACAGGCCAACAAGGCUGGCCAACUACUGGAACAAGGGCCUCCGAGGUACAGGCUCAAGGCUGGCCAACUGCUGGGACACAGGCCUACUAUGAUGAUACAGGCUAUUAUCAAGACUGGUCGGAUUCGGGCCUGCUAUGGUACAGGCCAUAAACAAGCCAAGCCAAGCCAAGCUGGCCAAGUGCGGACAGGUGUCACAGUUCGUAGAACAUUUGAUUCUUCGACAUGUUCAAUGUUCAAGCAGUGGUUAUAUAUUGUGUUUGACGGUAACUGUGUUGCGAGGAAGUAAUUUAUGUUAAUCGUUAGUGUUACAAGGAAAGUGCUUAAAAGAAGCAAUGUGUCAGAGUUGCCAGCGAGCAGGUGAGCGAUUCCAUAUUGACAUGACAAUAGUGUUACCGGUUGCGAAAAUUUAAUCUCACUCAGCGACUGUUAUUUAUUUGUUUGUGUAUUGUUUAAGAGUAAUGUGUCGCGUUGUUGUAUGUACAUGUAUUGCGGGGUAGUUGUGUUUUAAAGUUGCUUAAAUUGGAUAAUUGGAAUUAUGCAAACAUUUAAUAAAAUGAACCAAAUUUUUUAAGCUAUUUCAUAGCUACUAUUCACUGAAAAGUGCUUCGUAUUGGUUGAGAUGGUUGUUAAAUCAUCUCAAUAGAUGGCGCGCGGUG